AUGGACAGCGUGGAUCUUAGCAACGCUACUGAAUGGCUACAGGUUAUUAACAUGCUUCCUUCUCUUGUUGAUCUUCGUUUAGUCAAUUGUGGUCUUCAUCAUAUAACAUCUCUACUUCAUCACAAUUUCUCUUCACUUGAAACCCUCGAUCUUUCCUGGAACAACUUUAGUUCUCCUGUUCCCAAAUGGGCUUUCAACCUCGUCAGUCGCGUUUCUCUUAAGUUGAGUGAGAGUAAUUUUACUGGCCCGUUUCCUGACGGUCCAGUUAACUUGACUUCUCUCACAACCUUCAGCGCUUCUUAUAACACUUUCAAUUGUCUUUUACCCAAAUGGUUGUUUGAUCUAAGUAAUCUUGAAUAUAUUAUUCUCAGAGGGAGUGGACUUGAAAGUGUGAUACCGAGUAAGAGCGAAAACAUAACAGAACUUAAAUCUCUCGAUCUUUCUCUUAAUAUGCUUUCUGGAAAGUUACCAAAUUUAAUUGGAAAGUUAAAGAAAUUAGAAAAUCUUGGUCUCUCAGAUAAUCUAUUUGAUGGGGAUGUAUCUGAAUUAUUCAACGGUAGGAGUAAUUUCUUUAAAGCGGAAAUGGGAAAUAGUUCUUCUCUGAGCUAUUUGAUUCUAGGCUACAAUAAACUCACUGGAACUCUUCCAAAAAGUCUUGGCCAACUUUCAGUACUAGAAGACUUUUACAUCACUCACAAUAGGUUGGAAGGUGUUGUAACAGAAAGUCAUUUCUCUAAAUUAACCCAAUUACGGUUAGAGAUCUUAAACCUCGAGGAAAACGAUUUAUCAGAAGAAAUUCCUGAUUGUUGGAUGAAUUGGCCAAAUUUGACAAUUUUAAUCUUGAGGGACAAUAACUUGAUUGGAGGCAUACCAAGAUCCAUGAAGGUUUUAAAUUUAGCUGAGAAUGAGUUUGUUGGAAAAUUAACUUCUUGGUUGGGAUUGAGGUUUCCAACCUUGGUAGUCCUUAUCCUUCGGUCCAAUAAAUUCGAUGGUGAAUUGUCUCAAGAACUUUGUCACCUCAAAGAUCUUCAGAUCUUAGACCUUGCAAACAAUACAUUCAUUGGAAUCAUACCAAGGUGUAUUAGCAAUUUCAGUGCAAUGGUCAAAGGAAAAACGGAACUGGAAGAUUAUGAGUUAAAUUAUUCCCAUUAUUAUGGACAUCUGAUAGAGAGCGCAAUGGUGAUGACUAAAGGCAACAUGUAUCAGUAUGACACCAUUUUGGUGUUGUUUACAAGUAUGGAUAUGUCUAGCAAUUAUCUUUCUGGACAUUUUCCUAUAAGUCUAACACGUCUUGAAGGAUUAAGAUCACUUAAUUUUUUCAAAAAUAACCUAACUGGUGGGAUUCCAAAUGGUAUUGGCGACAUGAAAGCAUUGGAAUCUGUAGAUCUUUCAGAAAAUCAACUUUAUGGUCAAAUCCCACAAAGCUUUUCGAGUUUGUUCACUUUGAGCUACUUGAAUCUAUCUGAUAACAAUUUAUCAGGUAUGAUACCAUUGAGCACUCAGCUUCAAAGCUUUGAUCCCACUAGUUUUCAAGGAAACAAACUCUGCGGACUUCCACUCUUGGUGAACUGCAAUUCAGGUGGUAGAACUCCAAAUCAUGAGUAUGAAGAAGAUGAGAAUGACAAAGAUGAAGUGGAUUGGUUCUACAUUUCAAUGGCAAUAGGAUUUGCACUAAGCUUUUGGGGUGUAUAUGGUUCAUUGCUUUUUAAGAGAUCAUGGAGACAUGCUUAUUUUUGUUUCUUAGACCGUAGAUGGGAAUGGUUGCUUGCAAAGGCUCCGAUAUGUUGA